AUGUCUCUUCAACCUAAAACUCCUUCCGAACGCAUGACGUCUCUCGUUGGGAGCGCUGCCUUUGCACUUCAAGGCAGCAGCGCAAACAAGAUGAAUCUAGCUCAAGCGAUUGAUAAACACGGAUGGAAUGAAUCCGAGUUCAUGAAAGCUGUGACCACACAUCACACCAUGUACACAGAGAUGAACGAGCUCCUAAGCGACAUCGAAGCAAAAUUGGCGAGAACGUUCCUCAGAUACGACUUCUCGCUUCGAGCGCAAUUGGUCAAUCCGGAUGCCUUUCGCAAAUUCAUGGAGAGUCCUAACACGCAGCGUUUUCUCGAUCGCAAUCCGACUAUACGCAAUAAAUUACAGCUAUGGUACGCUGAAUAUACAGCACCCACACUCACUCCCGAACAACAACGUAUAGCUGACUUGGAAAAGAAACUCGCGGAGGCUCAGCAGGCAGCGACCACCUCUGCGACACCAUCGGAGACCGACCCUUCAAAGUUGAUCGCAGAUGUUGCACGUCCUUGUAAGGAUUGUCAACAUGAAGGACAUCUCGAUUGGACAAGUAUCGAUUGUCCCAAUCACGAAAGUGAGAUGGCUAAGCAAGUCUGUACCAAUUGCGGUGGAAAAGGUCAUAGGAAUUGGAAAUCGAAAACAUGCAAGAAGUACGCAGAGAAGCCUGCAGAGGAACAAGCAUUACGUUCGAAACCUGAGAACAGACCAACAACGGCGGGCAAACGAAAACGUAUCGUUCUUGAUGAUGACGGUGAUGAAGUGGAGGAUAGCUCAGGCUUGGCGGGAGAAAGACCAACCAGAACCUGCGAGGAUUGUGGUAAAACGUAUAAGAAUCACGGUUCACAUGCUAAACAAUGCACCAACAGAAGGUCUCCGAUCGUACUCGUGCCUUCCGAAUCUAUCGAUGCGGAGGAGCAGGAGGAGUAG